GGAGGUGGAGGAGGAGGACGAGGAGGAGGUGGUCGUAGUGCUGGUAGCAGCGGCGGUGGUGCAGGAGGAAGGCCCGCGGACGUGCAACAAGUUAAGAGGCCGCCGCCGUCGACGUCGCUGUCCUCGCCACGAUGUGACAUGGAUAUCCUAGCCGUAGCCUGCGCCCUCGUCGCGACGGCACUCUACUGCAACACCCUGCAAGCGGGCUUCGUCUACGAUGACCGGAGAGCCAUCCUGACGAAUCCUGAUCUGCUGACGAGUACACCGUGGUAUCGGUUGCUCGAGAAUGACUUCUGGGGAACCCCGUUGACGGAACGCGGUUCGCACGGCAGCUACCGACCACUCUGCGUGGCUACCUUUCGUCUGAAUCACUUUCUGGGAGGCCUUGAACCCUGGGGCUAUCACUUGGUGAAUGUGGCGUUGCACGCCGCCUGCACCGUCCUCGUCGUCAAGGUAGCCAGAAAGGUCCUGCCAGGAAGGAGCAAUCUCGCGCACGCGAUCACGGGUUUCCUGUUUGCGGUCCAUCCCAUUCACAGCGAGGCUGUGGCCGGCAUAGUCGGACGCGCGGAUCUUCUUGCCUGUUUCCUGACCUUGACAUCUUUCCUGACGUACUCAGGCCAUUGUAAUCGCGCGCGAUCGCCGCUUCCGCUGCUGCUGGCCCUGGUAUCGUCGACGCUGGCCACCCUCGCCAAGGAAACGGGCAUAUCGUCGCUGGCACUCUGCCUUUUGUGGGAGCUCUGUCGCGGAGAACCAACUCGCAAGGGCAACUGCCUGUUCACACGGGGUCGGAGCGUCAUCAUUCUGUCAAGUGGUAUCGUGCUGCUCGCUCUGGGUCGGCUCAGGCUCGCGGGUGGCAGGCCGGAGUUCGCCAGCGCGGACAAUCCGACCGCCCGGCAUCCGUCGCGACUGACACGCGGCCUGACGUUCCUGUAUCUACCGGCGGCUAGCGCAAGAAUGCUGCUCUGUCCGAGCACGCUGAGCUUCGACUGGUCGAUGGACGCCGUGCCGCGCAUAACCAGCCCGCUGGACCCGCGGAACCUGGAGUCGGCGUGCCUGUACGUCGCCCUGAUCGUCGCCGGGUCCUGGGCGUUUCGGAGUCUGCGACGGCGACCGCGCCGAGACCCGGUGACGACGUGCAGUCCGCUCCGGCAGCAGGCGUACUCGCGCUCGGCGUCGUCCAGGUGCCCUGUAUGCGCCGGCAGACGUACCGGCGGCUGCCACACGGACGGCUGCAGAGCGGCCAACAACAACAACAAUAGCCCCUUCGGUGAUUGUCAUUGUGCCAAGAGGCCGAGCAACGGCGGCGGUGGCGGCUCCGCGAAUGUCGACGGCCGGCAAACGGCCGCCACCGCGGUCGCCGUAUCCUUGGGCUUCCUCGUGCUGCCGUUCCUCCCGGCGAGCAAUCUCUUCUUCUACGUGGGCUUCGUAAUAGCCGAGAGGAUACUGUAUUUGCCGAGCGUAGGCGCUUGCCUGGCGGUCGGCGCCGCGGUAUCCGGCUGUUACCGGAUGGCGAGGAGAAACGGGUCCAGGAGGCGAGGCAGAGCAGUGCUGAUCGCCGCGGCGAUCCUCAUCGGCGUGAUGUCGGCGAAGACGCUCGUGAGGAACACCGACUGGAGGGAUGAGGAGAGCCUCUACAAGUCCGCAUUGCGCGUCAACCCGCCGAAAGCUUACGGCAACUUGGGCAGCGUUCUGAGCGAGCAGGGCCGAGUGGCCGAAGCGGAGGAAGCGUUCGUCCAAGCGCUUCGCUAUCGACCGAACAUGGCAGACGUGCACUACAACCUGGGCAUCUUGCAGCAGGGCAGGAAGAAUUACGAAGAGGCGAUUUUAAGUUAUCAACGAGCCAUUCAUUUCCGACCUUCGUUAGCUCAGGCUUACGUGAAUCUGGGGGCCGCGCUGAUUUCGGUCGGACGUGGUACCGAGGCGGCUACGGUUUUACGCGCCGGCGCAUCCUUGGACGGAUCCGGCCUCAAGGACAAAAGGGCUCACGAGGCUGCCAGGGUGCAGGCCCUCCUUCAAUUAGGCGCACUGUAUGCCGAUCAGGGCAGAUUACAAAGAGCCCUGUCGGCAUACAGGGAAGCCCUGCGCGCCCUGCCGGAUCACUAUCCACCUCAGAGCGUGUACAAUCUGCUGGGCGAAACUCUAUCGAGGCUGCAACAAUACGCCGAGGCGGAAAGGUGGUUCCAGGCGAGUUUGGCCAGCCAGCCCGAUCACGUGCCGGCGCACAUUACUUAUGGGAAACUGUUGGCACGAAACUCGAGCCGCGUUCUGGAAGCAGAAAGAUGGUUCCUGAGGGCCCGCAGGUUGGCGCCGGACGAUCCCAGCGUACACCACCAUUACGGGCUGUUCCUGACGUCGCAGGGCCGACUGGUGGAGGCUGCCGAGGAGCAGCUACGGGCGGCCGAGCUGUCGCGUUCCGACUACGAGCUGUCGGUCGCGGCGGCCUCGGCCCUCAGACAGGCCGAUCGUCGCGAGGAGGCCGAGGUCUGGUACCGACACGCGGCCAGCUUGAGGCCGCACGAGGCCCGCAGCCACACAAAUCUCGGCGCGAUCCUACACCUGAACGGCAAGUACAAGCAGGCCGCAGCGGCGUACAAGGAGGCUCUCAGGCUGCAACCGGGCGACGCGACGACCAUUACGAAUUUGCACAAACUCGCAGCGAUCCUGGCGUGACCUGACCUGAACUCGAAGACGACGGUGGAGGAAGAGGAAGCGAGAACGUGGCGAGGCGAGAGAGAGGGUGCGAGCGAGGAUGGAGACGACGGUGUGUGUAUUAUACGACCCCGCACGACAAGGAAGACCCCUUCUUACCGACUCUUACCGUGUACCCCGAGACCCCCAUCAGCCCGAUCUUCCUACCGAUAUUCGUUUAUAUCUCUGCGUCGUCGGCGACGCGCGCGUUCACGUCGACGGCGCGCGGCCGACUCGUAUCGCCUGCUAUGGUAUGUAAAGAAUAAAGCUUCCUUUAUUUUUCUCUAAUA